AUCAUGGAAUCGUUCUCUGAGAAUUUCUUUGAAAGUAACCCUGAUGUAUACGCCAAUAAAGACUCUGUAUUCACUCUUACAUAUGCUGUCAUCAUGUUAAACGUCGACCAGCACAACACGAACAUCAAACAGCAAAAACCAAUGACCGUCGAGGAUUUUAAGCGCAAUCUUCGAAAAACCAAUGGUGGAGUUGACUUUCCUGCCUCCAUGCUGGAAGAAAUCUAUCACGCUAUUAGAACUGAAGAAAUCGUAAUGCCAGCUGAAAGAACCGGUAGAAUACGAGAGAAUUACGAAUGGAAGGUAUGCAAGUUUUUUAUUAUCAUGGUGGUUAUUACACCUAAAAGUCAUAUCAUUGAAGCCAACACCAAAGGGAGAUGUUCAUUGAUAUCAGCCCACUACAACCUCUCUGAUGUAUUCGAUAAUCUAGUCAUCUCUUUAUGUAAAUUCACCACUCUACUAACGGUGCCCGAGGCCGGUGAGUCGUUGGCUGUAGCCUUUGGCGGGAACCUCAAGGCCCAGCAGUCUGCGCGAACUGUGUUCGCACUAGCACAUCGYCAUGGUGAUAUAUUAAGAGAAGGCUGGAAGAAUAUUAUGGACUGUAUGUUACAUCUGUUCAAAGCCAAGCUGCUGCCCAAGUCUUUGGUGGAGGCAGAAGAUUUUGUCAGCGGCCAAGUGAGCCUGCUGAAAGAGGAGCUACCGGCAACUAAGUKAGUCUUUCUUUAAAAAACACUAUAUUUUUAUAGAUAGGCCCUUGAA